AUGUCAGCCCCGAUAUCCACAAGCGUCAUCAAUUGUCUGAAGCAUUUCAGUCAACUCAUAUCCUCCAAUACGCUGGUGUCCUUCGAGGAUGAGAUCCCACCAUCACUCUGGAAAGACGAACUGGAUCGGCUGAGAACUUGGGCUGCCAACAUAGGGGCUCAUCAGAAUAACCACUUAUCGCUAGAUUAUCGACUUCGGAACGCAUCGCAUAUCAGAGAUCAGGUCUUGCGACUUCUCAGCCGACUUGAGAGAAAAUUCGAAGAAUUACAAGAUUAUUCAACAGUCUCGCACGAUAGCGACUUGGAUUCUGAUUCGGACAGCGAAGAGGAAAGUCAAACAUAUCUCCAGGGAAUAUACAGUUCCCUACAUGAAGUAGUCAACUGUCUCUUUCAACUGUCGGUAGUGAUAAGACAGCCGGCACAGCAUGAUCGUGUCACAAAGAUCAAACGAUGGGACGUCCAAAUGUGGGAACCAAUUGAUCAAAAACAUAUUCGAGACAAAUACCCGGAAAUCCACGCUGACCUUGCCGAUCGGCUUGGUAGGGCUAUCUCUCACCGCAGAGCGGUUCUGCGGUAUAACGAACGACAUCGCCAAAAACUAAGCCAUGGCCUAGGCGAAAUACUAGAUGAGGACCUGGAUUCCAGUCAGACCUCAAGUAUACCUUCCAAUACCAAUACAUUGGAGUAUCGGGACAACCCCGUCGUUAGUAUUGAUUCUGACUCGAGGUCAAUCAAUACCCAGACCUCCUACGCGGACUCCACUUUUCAGAGCGAGACCAAAAUAACAGUCCCUCCCCUUCCCAGCGAGUCAGAAGGCGGCACGCCGUAUGAAUGCCCGUAUUGCUUCUAUAUCAUAUCCAUCUUCAAUCACCACUCUUGGGCUCGCCACGUUUUCCGUGACAUCAUGGCAUACAGUUGUGUCUUUCCAGACUGUCCGACGCCUUAUCAGUUAUACGCCACCCGUGGUGAAUGGUAUGAACAUCUGGAAUGUCAACAUCUUCAAGAAUUGAAUGAUCAGGCUAGAUCUGAUUGUUUAUUUUGUGGCAUGAACUUUCCAUCAACAAAGACACUGAAGAGGCACAUCGCCAGGCACUUGCAAGAGCUGGCCCUUUUUGCGUUGCCUCCGUCACACACGGAUGACAAGGGCAACUCAACGCCCCUAGAACAGCCAUCUCCGACUCUUGCAGAUGUUGAGUCUCAUUCAGAUAGCCCGGAUGAUGAGUCCCAGCAACCGGCAUCUACUAGUGGAAUUCUUUCCUCGGACCAUGUCAGCAGAUUGUCAAUCGAGUCUACGACCGGUCCGGGGUUAUCUAACAUUGAAGAUUUUUCAUUCCCGAUUUUCGUCAUCAACCCCGUUGACAGAAAGGAAACAGCGGCAAUGUUGUUAGUCAAUACUCAGUCUAAUCAAAACCUGAUGUCCCUUAGAAUGAGUCAAAUUCUGCAGCUAGAAUUAAAGGCCAUGGAUGCAGUGAUAGGACAGCCUUGGAAAUCUUUGCCAGUUCCAAUAAUUGCAAUUGCCAAUGGAGUUAUGUGGCGUUUCCCGAGAGGAAAGACCUUCAUAUCUGACUUUCUCAUUAUAGACUCGGGGUACUACACGGUUAUCUUGGGAAAUGAGGAUAUCGAGAAAUAUGGCCUAGUGCUUCCUCUCCCGGACACCCACUCUAGUGAUGCCCCUGUUUCGAAAGGCAUUCGCAAAGGCCUUCGUGGUAUUGGUGGAAAAUUGCGCAAGACCUUCACCAGGGACAAACCAUCAUCUCAAUAA